CCUGCCAGUGUCGCUGUUGGGUUCGGCCGCGGCUCAGGUCAGGUGACUUUGAUGCUGCUGACAGCAGACCUCACGAUUUACUCUGAACGGUAACCAUGAAGAUUGUUGAGCUAUAGACGUAUUACAAGGAGAUAUUAUUUCGCAAGUAACACCCACGUUUUUAUCACACAGCUGUCAGCAUGUCUGAGUUUUGGUUGAUUUCUGCUCCGGGAGAGAAGACCUGCCAGCAGACUUGGGACAAAAUGAUGGCAGCCACCACCCGCACCAACAACCUCUCUACCAACCAUAAAUUUGGCAUCCCAGACCUCAAGGUUGGAACACUUGAUGUCUUGGUGGGACUGUCGGACGAACUGGCCAAAUUAGAUUCCUUUGUUGAAGGUGUGGUGAAGAAGGUGGCCCAGUAUAUGGCCGAUGUUCUGGAGGACAGUCGAGAUAAAGUGCAGGAGAACCUGUUGGCCAAUGGAGUUGAUCUUGUCACUUACAUCACAAGAUUUCAGUGGGACAUGGCAAAAUACCCAAUAAAACAGUCUCUUAAAAACAUCUCUGAAAUCAUCUCAAAGCAAGUAACCCAGAUUGAUAAUGACCUGAAGGGCAGAGCAUCGGCCUAUAAUAACCUCAAGGGAAACCUGCAGAACUUAGAAAGAAAGAACGCGGGGAGCCUGCUGACCAGGAGUCUGGCUGGCAUUGUAAAAAAAGAUGAUUUUGUACUUGAUUCAGAGUACCUCAUCACUAUGCUGGUGGUCGUACCAAAAACAAAUUAUACAGACUGGCAGAAAACCUAUGAAACGUUGGCCGAGAUGGUGGUUCCUCGCUCUUCACAUCUGCUGUUUGAGGACCUUGACAGCGGGCUGUUCAGCGUCACUCUGUUCAGGAAAGCCAUCGAUGAUUUCAAACAUAAAGCCAGAGAGAGCAAGUUCACGGUGAGAGAGUUUCAGUACAAUGAAGAGGAGAUGAAGGCUGAUAAGGAGGAGAUGACCCGGCUGUCCACAGAUAAGAAGAAGCAGUUUGGGCCACUGGUUCGAUGGCUGAAGGUGAACUUCAGUGAAGCUUUUAUCGCCUGGAUUCACAUUAAAGCACUAAGGGUCUUUGUUGAGUCUGUUCUAAGGUAUGGGCUCCCAGUGAACUUUCAGGCAAUGCUGCUGCAGCCAAACAAGAAGACCAUGAAGAAGCUGAGGGAGGUGCUCGAUGAUCUGUACAAACAUCUGGACAGCGGCGCAGCAGCCAUUAUUGAUUCUGCGAUGGACAUCCCUGGCCUGAACCUGAGCCAGCAGGAGUAUUACCCCUACGUCUACUACAAGAUUGACUGCAACCUGUUGGACUUCAAGGUUUAGUUAUGCUCCCUCUGUCCACCCUCUUGCUGAGUGUUGAUAACAUUUUUCCUGGAUCUUCUCUCUCCAGCUGCUGCAUGUUCAUUUCUUGUGAUGAAAAGCUUCUGCCACCUUUACAAUCAGGAAACAAGAAAUAAUUUUUUCUUUGUGAUUUUGUUUCAAGUGUAUAUAAAUUAUUUAGCAGGAUAAGUGAUUAGCUGUUUUUUGUUUUGAAGUCAAGAAAGACAUAAUACAGAUCUGUAUAUUUACCAUGUCAUUCCACAUGUGCUGGUGUGUAUUUAUAGCAUCACCUGUUUUGAUGCUCAGAUAUUUGCGUUGCAGGUGGGAACUUUCAGCACCGUUCCCAUGGUAACCAACCCUGCUAUGUGUUUCAGAGACUGGAUAAGUCUCGCAGAUGUUGUAAAUGUUAUCAGUGUAUGUUGUUUAAUGUUGUCUCUGCUGUCAAAAAGAUCUAUAUCUGAGUAUUGUAAAAGCCACUGAUUGAAUAAAUGUAAUUUAAAUCAUUUUA